UUUGACAAGCGCGGCAAGAAGCGAUUUAGAAAUAGUAACCUGUGUAUGUGAUGUUCGUUGUGAAACUGUGUUACUGUAACAGCCGACAUGUCCUUGUGUGAGUCUCAAGAGAAUGUGAACAUAUAUUUUGUUAUUCCUCGACAAUGUUCGUCGGAGGAAUCUUGUUCAAAUGAUAUGAAGUCCGCGUACACGAGCUGUGUUGAACAAUCUCUACAUCCAGAAUGGAUCACAGAAAACUCUUGUGUGAAGCUGACCCCUGUGAAGAAAGAUGUUUUUGUCUUCUCAGAAUUUGAGGGUGUCGCUUAUGAACAUUUGUGUAAUAAUAAAUGUGUCAGAAUAGUUGGGCCACGCUGCAUUCUAACUUGCCUCACAGAAGGAAUUUCAAUACCUGAAGGCCGUUCUGCAAUUUACACUGUGGGAAUGAGGGGACUCCUAAUUAGCACCACUGGUUUUGAUGGUGAACCAAAGAAAAAAAUUACAAAACUGGUCGAGUUCAUGGGAGGUGUUUUUACCAACAAACUAAGACAGAGUGUCACCCAUCUUGUUGCACAUUCUGUGCUUUCAGAGAAGUACCAGAAAGCAACUGAGCAGGGCAUACCUGUCAUGACAGAGAAGUGGGUGCUGGAAGUGUGGGAAGCUAGCAAGCUCAGAAAUGUCCAUGCAACAGAUGACGAAUUUAUGAAUUAUAAGUGCCCAAUUUUUCACAACUUGUGUGUGACAUCAUCUGGGCUACCCCACAAAGAAAGAGACACGAUUAAAGAGCUUAUAAACAGUAAUGGUGGUGAGUAUUCAGGCAAACUUAUAGGUGACCAAACUCAUAUGUUGGUUAUCCAAGAACCUUAUGGAGAAAAAUUCAAGUACGCAUCACAGUGGCAGCUCCCUUGUGUGCUACCUGCAUGGGUUCAAGAUAGCGUAAAGAAUGGUUACGCACUUCCAGUUGAACCUUACGGUGUGAAACAGAAGCAGAAGUCGUCUACACCAGUGCAUGAUGACCCUAGAUUACCAAAUUUCUCAAUGAUAAGUGCUGUGGGCUUUGGUACAGGUACUGUGGAUGAGACUGCAAUGAAUACAUCCACAUUCUCUGUGAUUUCAAGUCGAAGAAGCUCAAUUGGCAGCUUAAUCCCUCCAAAAUACAUGGAAGUUGUCAAUAAAUUGACAUUGGCAGAUGCAAAGAAGGCUGGUCCUUUCUUGGAUGGCUGCAAGGUUUAUCUCAGUGGAUUUAGUCUUGACGUCUGUGAAAAUCUUAGGAAGAUACUAAAUGCAGGAGGAGCAACAAGAUUCAGUGUACUUUCAGAUCCAGUGUCCCACAUUAUUGUUGGUGAUCAUGUACCUGAAGAUGUAAAUUACCUGAAGAAGAGUGGAAUCAGACCUCAUGUCGUAACUAUUGACUGGUUGCUUGAAAGCUUGAAGCAAAGACGUCCUGCUCCUGAAGAACUGUUCUUGGUAUCUGGGAACAAUGCAAAGCCUGCUGAACCACCAUCACCAUUGAGCAAAAAGGGUGCUCAUCUUCUCAGAAGACCAAGUGAUGUCAGCUCUCCAAUUCCGCUGCAGAUUGCCUCUGACAAGCUUGUAGAGAAAAAAGAUGCUGAAGCGGAAGAACAGGCUGAUGUUACAAUAGUCCAUCAGUAUCUAAAUGCCAGUCAGUCUGAGCCCCUGGAGAAUUAUGGAAAAGCAUCAGGUUCCAAGUACAUUCCAGAAGUGAAGCAAAAUGAUGUCGCUGAAGUGCUUAAACCAAAUGAGUCCAGCCAGUCCCUGUUGUCAGAAAAUACAAGUCAGUCAUCAGGCUGCCCAGCUAUUUUCAAAGGUCUCACAUUUUCAACUGCAGGCUUUACUGAAGAGGAGACACAGGCCUUAGAAGAAGUGAUUAAGGAAAAAGGCGGACGUGUUGUCCAUCGUGGAUUUAAAGGCAUCCCCGAUUAUGGAAUUGUACCUUUAGAAGGGGAAAGACUUUAUCACACAACUAAUGCUGUUGUAACUCAUCUUUGGGUGGAAGAUUGCUAUGAAUGUGGAGAACUAGUACCUGUGAAUUAUUAUCACCAGCCUGUAUCAUUAGAUACAAGCACCAAACCAUUAAAAAAUUGUGUGAUAGCUCUGAGUACGUAUGCUGGCAAAGAGAGAGAGUUCAUCACUUCUGUUGCAGAACUUCUGGGGGCCAGAACACAAGAGACUUUUGCAAGAGUAAAUAACCCAGAGAAGGGUGCUAUUGCAUCGACACAUCUUAUCUGUCCAGAGCCUGGCAGCAAAAAAUAUUUGGCAGCUUUGAAAUGGAGUGUUCCUGCAGUGAACCAUAGGUGGCUGCUGGCUUGUGCACGUGAGGGGAGAUGUGUUAAUGAAGAGCCUUACCUUGUUAAAGAACCAAGCUCCCCUAAAGAGGUUGAAGGAAGUCAUUCCUCUGGGAGAGGCUCUGAUGUUAAUCACAGUAAGCUUGGCACACCUGUAACACUACCAAAGGAAAUCCAGAAUGCUGAGGAGAAGCAGCCGCAAGCUGCAGCUUUGGUUGUUGAAGAAACUGUACCUUCUGUAAAUGUUACAAGAAGUUCAGACAGUGCAAGAAAAUCAAUGGGUCCACCUGAUACAGCUAAGGUACCAACAACAAAUGAAAGGGAGAGACGCAGGACAACUGGACCAGUUAACUCUCCAUCAACACCUGCUGGAAAUCCUAUGGGAACUGCUCAGAACUUAGGCUUUUCACCAUUCAGCCAGGAAACGCCGAUAAGGACGUUAAUAUCGUCAGUCACAGACAAUGCAAAUGUAACACCCAAUAAUGGUUGGACAUUUGAUCCAAAUGAAGCAACCCCAAAGCCUCCAAACUACAUGUCUACGCCAGAGACACCAUAUGGACAAGUCUUUAAACCCAACCCUUCACCUACAACCAGGAAGAACUGGAAGAGAUGGAUUGACAGUAUACCAGAAUUCGAGAAGCUGGAGCCUGACGAAAAGAAGAGACGAUUGAGCACACCUUUGUCCGAGAUUAAGCGCCAGAUAUGGGAAAAAUUUGGAGGCAUAAAAAUUCCAAGAAAGCUGAAGACAGAAGAAUUACAGCAAGAGGAAGAUAAUACCCUGGCUUCCCCCCAUGUAGCAGCACGUCCACUUCACUUCUCACCUGUAGCUGGUACCUCAAAGGACAAUCUGCAGAGUGAAAGCAGUCCACAGACUGAAAAGGUGGUGGCUCAACAGGACCAGCAGCAACCAGAAGCUACACAAAAUGGCCCAUCAGCUGGUAUUAAUACGCAGUUACAUGCCCUGGGAGAAAUUCUGACUGUUCCUGUAAAUUCACCAAGGGCUCCACUGUUUGAGGGUGGAGAAGAAACUCCAAAUAAGGUGAAAAAUGUAGACCAAGGAGAGAGUAAAAAGACUGAAAACCUGCCAGCGUCUCUGGAGAUUAAUACAGACUGUGUGGACUGGGUUGAUCCUGCUGUUAGCGACGAAGCCUCUCAGGAAGUGAAACAGCCGCCCAAAAUAAUGCUGUCAAACGUAGAAGACAGGGAUUCAUAUGUCAAAAUGAUCAUGGAUCUGGGUGGCCAUGUAUCAGAUAAAACUGUCUUUGAUCCCACUGCAACACAUCUCAUUUGUGGUAAACCGGCACGAAGUGAGAAGCUAUUGGGUAGUAUUGCAUCUGGCAAAUGGGUAUUACACAAGAGCUUCAUAGAUGCAAGUUGCAGAGCAGGUACUUUUGUUAAGGAAGAGGAAUAUGAGUGGGGCAACCCCAAAGCAAAAGAACUGUGGAGCCAGUUGCGACCUGGCAGUGUGGAUAUGGCAUUGGCUAAGGCAGUUUACAGGUGGCGGUGCAAACUGUGCGGUAGCAAUCGUGGUGCCUUCUCAGCUAUGAGAGCCAUCAUACACACAAAUCAAGAGAAGGCAGCUUCUUUUGCCAGACUUAUCAAGGCCGGAGGUGGACAGGUGCUGGACGUCAGGCCACCAUACAAAAAUCCUCAGGGUGCAACACAUUGCUUUGCUGAACUUAACAAGUUAAAUGAACCAAUAGAUAUGGAAGCAUUGGUUAAGAAUAAAGUACCAUGCUUGUCUCCACUCUAUCUCAACAAUUACCUUGUUAACGAUCCUCCACCAGAUGCUGAUUCAUGUGUCCUUCCAGAAUAUAGCCGUAUAAUGCAACAGUUGGACAGAUGAUAGUUGUUGCUGCAUUUCUGAGACCAACUGCUUUAGCUUUGAUGUGAUGUGGAGCUAUUUAUGACAUAUGACUAUGUACAGUUUUUUAAUAAAUAUGUGCAUGUGUUGUUUUUAUAUAUUUCUCUUAAAGUUGUAACUAGUUUACGAUAUCAGGACAUGUGUAUAGGACAUUUGACAUGGCAGUGCCAUAACAAGAAAGGAAAAAAAGCCAAGCAUUUUAAUGUAUGCAUAUUUUUUUAAAUAUAUAGGAAAGUGUAAACUCAUACUGAGACAAACAGUUCCUGGAUAAAAAAAAAGUCCCAUGUACACUGUAUGUUUUAAUUGUUGACAGUCUGUGUGUAAAUAAAAAAAUAUCAGUUUG